GCACACGGAUCCAAAACGCAGCGAGUGCAACCAACCAACAACCAGCGCCGCUGCCCCGCCUUCGCCUAUAAACAGCAGCCCAACAGUACCCAUCAGCCCGCGCGGCGUCAGUCCAGGACAGGAGGGGCGCGUUCGAUUCGAUUCGUUUCGAGAUCAAAAUCCCAUCCCGAACCACCCAGCCAGAGCGAGAGCGAGCGAGCGAGGUGGGCGUCGAGGCUGGCCGCCGCCGCGAGGAUACCGGCGCCCGUGCGCGCGAUGAUGGCCUGGUGGCGCAAGAAGGUCGUCUUCCCCGCGCGCCGCGCGCUCGCCGCCGUCUCCACCCGCGUCCGCUCCCGCAAGACAGGCAGUGGAGGCAGCAUACUGAAGCUUCACGAGGACGUGCAGACCUGUGGAUACAAGGACGUGCAGGUGAUGUUCGAGAUGCUGACCUCGGAGCUCGAGGACCCCAAGAGGCGCAAGCAACAGCAGGCGGCCUCCUGGAGGCCGCCCUCGGCGUGGCCCUCCCGGUCGUCGUCCUCGAUCGCGGCCGCGGCGCAGUAGAGACCCCGACGCCGACAUGGAAUGCAGCUCGGUUUGGUAGCACCGGUCCAUAAUAACAAGACGAGGAGGAGGGCCGAUUUAGUAAGUAAGCAAGCACCCUGUGGUAAUAGUGUUAAUUAGUCAGUCUGGCAACUCAAUGCCUGAUGCCAGGCACCGAUCAGCACCCCCAUCCCCCUGCCCGUCGACUCUCCGGGAAAAAGAGCGAGGAAUUCAGUUUGCAGAGCGGGUCGCAAGCCUCUGAAAGUCUGAAUGUUUUCUGUACAUGUCGCGUGCCGAUUGCGCUGAAUUCUCGCAAGCUCGGAGAAGCGAUGGAGCAAGAGGGGUUUACUUUUCAAUCAACCAUAUAUAAAUAUCCGGUUUCCCUGUCGUUCA